AUGGCUGCAUCUGUUACAUUAGGAGGCAUCAAAUUAUGGGAAAGAAGAGCGGAGGAAGACGGUGUAUGCGCCUUGAAAACGAUAAUGAAUACGGGCUACUCGAAAAAUGUGGACGACGAGCACAAAAUUGAUAAAACGAUAGCGAGCCUGACCGAAAAACGAACGAGGACUCGAGUAGCUGCCCUGGAGAAAUUAACUACACACUUACUGAAUUGCUUGGCUCCUGAAGAUGUCAGUGACAGCUUCAUUAAUAAUGUGCUAGAAUGCCUUCGUAAGCCUUCAGAAGAAGAAGCUGUACUAGGAUCCCGUAUAUUAGCUAUCAUGGCUAUUAUAUUUGGAAGCAACGAGGAGCGCUUCUUUCACCGGUCAAAGCACGUGUUAAGGCCACUAAUUAGGAACGCUCGAAAUGCGAAAGUGAAAUCUUCGACCAUCCAUGCGCUAGGACUAAUCGGCUUUUUGUGCAUCGUUGAAAACGAAAACACUGAGGACCUGAUGAAGCUGUUUGAAACGUUUUUUAAUCUGAGCGUACAUAGCAGCAUUUGCAAAGCCGCUCUUGAGUCUUGGGGCCUGAUUGCAUCCUCGUUGACAGAUGAGAUGCUCGCGAGCGAAUCAUUUUUGGAAAGAAUUGUGCCACAGAUUUUAGCUUUGCUUGAUCACAAAGAUGUUGAUGUGCGCUCGUCUGCAGGUGAAAAUCUCGCGCUGCUGCACGAAAGCGCGGAGAAUUGCAGUGUUUCGUUGCCAUGUGGUGAAGACAUUGUGGUUCAGAUUCUUGAAAUGUCAAAGGACGGUAACAAAAGAAGUAGCAAAAAAGAUCGCAAAACUCAGCACAUUGUAUUUCGCGAUAUUCACUCGACGCUUGCUAACAGUGAGACUCCACACGUCUCUUUUUUGGUGAGAGGCAAGAUGCUGGAUAUAAGAUCGUGGAAAUCUGUCAAACAGUUUGAAGCGGUGAAGGGAUGCCUACAAACAGGUCUUCAAGAUCACAUCACGUACAAUAAUGCGUUGCGCGCGAUGCUAGGUUUGCCGGAAACUUUUGAAGACCACAAAAUCGACAGGCGCGAUCUUUUCAACAAAAACUCUGCUAUGAAAAAGCAACGCAACAAUGAACUGAAGGGGGACCGUAAACCCUUUGGGCUGACGCAACAUUUAUGA